AGGCUGGAACAGCAAAACGGGGAUGCCGUGGACUGAGUUUGCAGAGCCACGAAGAGGAGCUUCAGAUGGCCUCCACAGAGCCUAGCCUUUCCUGUUCAUUGCACGUUUCCGUCGCCUCGCGGUGGCCAGGGGACUAGAAUCCCACAGGGUGAAGAUCCUGGUCACAUCGUGGAGAUGCCCGCAACUGCCACUGCUCGGUUUGCAACGGCGAUUCGGCAGUCAACAUGAACGACUAUACCGUCUGUGGUUCUUAUCUAUGGUCGCAUAUAUAAGGUACCUCGCAGGUCCCGGUCCGAAAUCGACCCCCAUCAGCACAUACCCAACCUGACCGCGAUGGACACCAAGACGGACAGCAAGCAGAUCCGUGAGGGUGAGGCGGUCGUCGUCUCCGAAGCGCCGCAAGAGGGCGACCUUUAUGAGCGGCGACUAUCUGUUACAGAAUGGGCGAAAUACCGUCAGACAAAGCGAGGUCUCACGCCUCGUCAUGUUCAAUUGAUGGCGAUCGGUGGGAGUAUAGGUACCGCGCUUUUCGUGGGUAUCGGUGGCAGUCUGAAAAACGCUGGCCCACUUUCACUUGUAUUGGGCUACCUCUUCUGGGGCCUCCUCUUCAUCUGGCCAUCCUACCUACUCGUCGCCGAGAUGCUUGCAUGGCUACCUGUCCGAGGCACCAUUUUCGAGCUUGCUGGUCGAUACGUGGACCCUGCCCUAGGAUUCGCCAUGGGCUGGACCUACUUCUUCGCCGGGGCAAUGCUUGUGUGCACUGAGUACGCCUCUGUCGCCACAGUCAUGACAUACUGGAACACCAGCGUCAAUGCCGCGGUGUGGGUGACCAUGGCGCUGGUGGUCUGCGUCUUCUUCAAUCUCGUGGCUGUCAGAUGGUACGGCGAAUCGGAAUUCAUCAUGGCCUCCACCAAAAUCCUCCUUCUGAUGGGGUUGAUCCUCCUUACGUUCAUCACCAUGGUCGGCGGGAAUCCGAAACAUGAUGCCUACGGCUUCCGCUACUGGAAACACGGGUUGGCCAUGCACCCAUACUACACCACCGGUGCCACGGGACGCUUUCUCGGCUUCUGGAGUGUUGUUCGAUAUGCCGCGUUCACCAUCUCCGGCCCGGACUUGAUCUCUCUCGCAGCAGGCGAGAUCCAAAAUCCGCGGAGGACCAUCCCCCGUGCCGCUCGGCUCGUCUUCUACCGGCUGGUGGGCUUCUACGUGGUGGGUGUCCUCUGCGUCGGGAUCAUCUGCUCGUCCCGAGAUGCUCGAUUGAUCAGCGCCAUCAACGACGGGAAAGCCGGUUCGGCCGCCUCGCCAUGGGUGCUGGGGAUCCAGAACUUGGGCAUCACGGGCCUGCCCAGCUUCAUCAACGCCCUCAUUCUUCUGUCCGGCCUCUCGUGCGGCAACGCUUAUCUUUACUCCACCAGCCGGACGCUCUACUCGCUUGCCCGGGACGGCCAGGCGCCCAAGUUCUUGAUGAAGUGCACCAAAUCGGGGAUCCCGACUUACUGUGUCCUCGUGGUGACGGUCAUCUCGUUGAUCACCUACCUGGUCGCCUCCAACGCGGCGGUGACGGUCUUCUACUGGUUCAUCUGGCUGUGCACGAUUGCGUUUGUCCUCACCUACACAUGCAUGCUGUGGACCUACCUGGGCUGGUACCGCGCGCUCAAGGCCCAAGGAGUCGACCGCAACACGCUUCCGUACAAGGCGCCCUUCGCCCCGUACACGGCGUACAUGGCCAUCGUCGUCGGCUGCGUCGUCAUGCUGUUCAUCGGCUUCGACUGCUUCGUGCCGUGGAGCACGCAGGGUUUUAUCACCAACUACUUUGGCCUCGCCUACGGCAUCUUCAUGUACUUCUUCUGGAAGGUGAUCAAGCGCACCAAGUUCGUGGACCCCAAGACGUGCGACAUCUGGAGCGGUAAGGCGGAGAUCGACGAGGAGUGCAAGAUCUGGGAGGAGGGCGGAUUCGAGGAGGUCGAGAAGGCCCGGCUGGCGCAGAUGAACAUCUUCCGGAGGACCUGGGAGAAGAUUUGGUGAGAGGGGAGCGAGCCGCGGGCCGAUUUUCCUACCAGCCUUCCUUUUUCGUUCGAGAAAUGCAAAAAUGUAUUACCUCGUAUGUGGCGAGUCAAUCUGCUGCCGUAAGGGUGGUCAACCCUUUCAACUCAUACGUGGACAUCACAUU